CCACAAUCCCCUCGCUUUCACCUUCCUUCUUUUUGGCUCUCAGCUCUCAACUAAUAAACUCGAUAGGUUCCCGUAGCGUUUCCGGCACUGCCUACAAUCCGACACGAUACGAUACGAUAAGGAGAGGACGACCAGAAGAUCCACCGAUGCCAACGGCGGCCGGGCCUGCACCACCGUCCGAUCGAAUCCCAAUGGCAUCAGUGUUGCCUAUGCAAACACAAAUGCCAACGGAGACGUUUGCCAGGGACGCGAUUAUCGCUUGGUUCAGGGGAGAAUUCGCGGCAGCGAACGCCAUCAUCGACGCGCUCUGCAACCACUUGACACAGAUGGAUGCCCUCUUUGGUAACGGAACUGCUGACUACGAGUCGGUGUUUGCAGCGAUUCACAGGAGGCGGUUGAACUGGAUCCCUAUCCUUCAUAUGCAGAAGUAUUACUCAAUAGCCGACGUAGCGCUGGAGCUCCGGAAAGUUGCGGCUUCCAAGGUGAAUAAGAGGGAGGGGGAAGAGAUGAUGAAGAGUGAACAAGUUAGGGUUUCGUCUAAGGAGGACAAAGAGAGUUGUAGGGAAGUUAAAGAUAAAGUUGAGGAGGUGAAAAUAGACUCUUUGGAGGAAUUGAAGCAGAGUGACGGUGAAGGCAGUGAUGAAGUGGUGGUGGAAGAAGAGUCGUCUAAAGAUGAUUCAUCAAAUCUUCUUAAGGUUGUUGAAGGCGGAGUAGGAUGUCAAGAAGAGCAGCUUCCCUUGGAGAACAUUCGGAUAUGCUCCAACCAUGAGGACUGCGAGACACGACGUGCCAGGAUAAAGACAACUAAAGGUUUCAUAGCCAAGGAGCCAGUGAAAGGGCAUAUGGUCAACGUCGUGAAAGGUCUCAAGCUGUAUGAAGACAUUUUCACCGAUUCUGAACUUUCAAAGCUCGAUGACUUCCUAAAUGAGCUCCGCACUGCUGGUCGGAAUGGAGAGCUCUCAGGUGAAACAUUUAUCUUGUUCAAUAAGCAAUUGAAGGGGAACAAAAGAGAGCUAAUUCAGCUAGGAGUUCCAAUUUUCGGACAGAUCAAAGAUGAAGCAACAAGUAAAGUCCACAAGUGUGACAUCGAACCAAUUCCAUCAGUUCUCCAAGCAGUCAUUGAUAACCUGGUACACUGGCGUCUCAUACCAGAAAGUAGAAAACCCAAUAGCUGCAUUAUUAACUUCUUUGACGAGGGAGAAUACUCACAACCUUACCUGAAGCCACCACAUUUGGACCAACCCAUCUCCACCCUUCUCCUUUCUGAAUCCACCAUGGCUUUUGGCCGGGUUCUUGUAAAUCACAAUGGGAACUUCAAAGGUUCGCUCAUGCUUUCUCUUAAAGAAGGGUCGCUGUUGGUCAUGCGAGGGAACAGUGCGGAAAUGGCAAGGCAUGUCAUAUGCCCAUGUUCAAAUAAAAGAGUUAGCAUCACAUUCUUCAAGGUUCGGUUGGAUAGCACCACCACCACCAGCCCAAUGCAGCAACCAACAACCAUCCCUCCCCUGACUAAAGCCAUGACUCUGUGGCAACCAGGAGUGCCACCGCCAUACACAACGACUGAAGGUUUGGAUAUGGUUCCGAAAUGGGGAGUUGUCCGGGGCCCACUUGUCACGGUAGCUCCAAUGCGACCCAUGGUUAUGAGCCCCAGGAGGAUCGCACGGGGCGGCAGUGGCACUGGUGUUUUCUUGCCUUGGACGGUCAGCUCCAAAAAGAGCACCAAACAUCUCCCGCCUCGUGUGCAGAGGGGAAGGCUUCUGGCUCUCCCUUCCCCAAUUGAGACACAAGUUCAAGUAGUUAACCCUACUUCCGAUCCAGGAGUCACGGCGUGACCAUUUUUAAGCAUUAGUAAAAACCUUCCCUCUGUUGGAGAGAGCAUUUUAUUCCGACAAUGGUCGAUGCAGUGGAUGUUAGUUAAACGCCAGAGCUGUACAAAUCGAGAGAGAGAGAGAGAGAGAGAGAGAGUCUCUCCGUACUCUGGAGAGCAGAUAAUGUUUAAUAGAGAAGCCAGUUUCUAUAUUCAGGGAAUAGAUGGGUACCCAUAGUGCUUCUGUUCUGUAACUAGGAAGAUUAGGGAUGUCACCUGCAAUCGUACCUCUACCCAUGGAUAAUCCAUCGUGGUGCAGACUGCAGUGUUUAGAAACGGUUGGGUAUAAUAUUAAGUUUUGAGGAAUGUGAAUUAGUCAUAGAAGAGUGUAGAAUUUUGUAGUUAUUUCUGUUUUUGAAUUUUGUCUUUUAUAUCUUA